AGGAAUAUGUGAUGGCUUCCAUGGAAGGCCAAAGUAAAGGAGCUGCUUUUCUCAAUUUAAUCAUCCCUGUAAUAACCGCUUUAUUCAAUACGGGCUCGGAGCCUAUCCUGGCAAGUAAUGGACACUAGCCAGAGUACACCCUGGACACGGCACCAGUCCAUCGCACAUCGCAGGGCAAACACGCACCCACGUCAGGGCCGGUUUUCUCAGAAGCCGACUAACCCAUCGGUAUGUCCUUGGACUGUGAAGGAAACCCAGGCUGAGCAUACAGAGAGCACCCCGGGAGCUGGACCCAGGGUCCCCACACUGCGAGGCAGCAAGGCUGUCCGCUGCACCACUGUGCCUCUCCUCACCAUCUCUGAUAAUCUGGAAAAACUGUGGUCAAGCAGGGUCUCCGAGUAUCCGACACCAGGCCUCUGGUCUUGGCCGAGACCUACCGCAGGGCGCGCCGGGCCUGCUGCACCAUGAUCGACCCGCUGGAGAACAGCCUGUUUGACCUUCCCGACUACGAGAACACCGAGGACGAGGCCUUUCCUCCGCUGCCGCCCCCGCUGUCCCCGGGCAGGGAGGGGUCCGGCGGGGACGGCGACGACCUUCCCAACGGGGAGGACGCGGGAGAGACGUCCAGGUUAGAUGAAGCCCCCAUUGCCAAGAGGAGGGCUGUGAAGAGACCUCAGCCGAAGCUUGAUUCCCAAAGGCUAGUGUCUGAAAGAGGACUUCCAGCUCUGCGCACCUUAUUCGACAAUGUAAGAUUCAAAGGCAAAGGACACGAGGCUGAAGACCUGAAGCUGUUGAUCCAGAAAAUGGAGAACUGGGCCCACAGAUUAUACCCGAAACUACAGUUUGACGACUUCAUUGACAAACUGGAGUCUCUGGGAAGUAAGAAAGAAGUCCAGACUUGCCUAAAACGAAUACGAUUAGACAUGCCCUUGACACAUGAAGACUUUGUUGGUAAAGACGAUGAAGCGGAGGAGGAGGAGAGAGCGGUCAGGGAGAGCAGCAUGCUGGACGACCCUGACCCCUUCCUGGACAGCAGCGGGGGUGUGGGCCCGGUCCAGUCCACGCCCGCUGCCGUGGCGCUGACGGAGGAGCAGCGGCGCAGGAUGGAGCUGAACAAGCAGCUGGCCCUGGAGAGGCGGCUAGCCAGGCUGCAGGAGAGCAGCGAAGAUGCAUUGCAGUCCGAGUCUCAGUCUCAGCUUGCUGCUGCUACAGAGGACCUGUCCGAAGCGCCCGGGGACCUCCCUGUUCUGGACCAUGAAGACUCCGAUGCUGGAUCUCGGAGUCUGGAUCAGGCGCUGACUGACCACGCUGGCCAAGCCCACCACCCCACAGUGCCGCAAGAGCGGGUGACGGGACUGGCGGCUGCGGAGGCCUCGGCACAGCGUGCGAGUCAGAGGUCCGAUAGCCCCUCUCCCCGUCAGGCUGAGCCUGAAAAGGUGGAUGAGCAGGAAGCCGAUAGUGAUUGACCGGUUCCUCGUUGUGCCAGUGUGGGGAAACAUUGAACUGCUUUUGUCACUCGGGUGGCAAUUACUGGACACCUUUUGUAUUUAAUAAUGGUAAUGUAAUAAAUCUAUCUUGAGUAUAAAUAUUCUAGAAUUAUCCCUUUAAUGGCCUUUGUGGGUGUACACAUGUUGGAAUACACACCACCCUGCGGCAGGGCUUCACCAGUGUUGACUUGGUGUCCUGUUAUCUGGGCUAGAACAGAAAUGCCUGAUUGCUUUCCUGCCGCAGGUGUUUAAAAGUAAGUUAGUAACUCGGAAUGGCACUUAUAAGAAUUGGGGUUGAUGCUCCUUGAAUGUCAGUCUGCUACAGGCCUUAAUGGUCGAGUAUUUCAUUAAAAAGAUGAGACGGACAUGGGGCCCCUUCUGGCAGGGGAGCUGACCUCAUUGCUCCAGUCUGGGAAGUGGUGCCAGAGCAGAUCCUGGAGUAAAACUCCCAACCCAUCGGCCUGGCCCUCCAGCAAGUGCACUUCUCCUCUUUUUGUACUGUAAUGGGAAAAUACCCUUGCCUACCUCCUACCCUGCCCUGAACUCCCCCUUGCGUAGGCACAGUAGUCGGCAAUGGGUUUUUUUUUUCCGGCUGAGCUCUCAAGAUGCUCCAGGACCUUCUCAGGACUUGCACAGAUUUUCUGAAACAAACUGCUGUGAUAAGAACAGCACAGUUAACAGUAUUCAGGUCUUUCAAGAGGACCACCAUCUCAUCAGCCUCAUGUAAUAGUUGCUGGGGCAGGUGGGACCAGUUCAUGACUACAGGACAUUUUACAAAAUUGUAAUUUUGUUCUUCUGUCUGUGGUGUUAAAGAGAUGCUGUAAAAUAAACUUAUGAAAGGUC